GUCUCUAACAUUAUAAUAUAUCCUAAUUAACCAAACGGUAAACCCAUUUAGCGAAAUUACAACAACAAACAAUGUAAUCCAAAAAUUUUUUUAACGCUAGUGAUGAAUUAUUCUCAAAAAUCUGAAUGAGUUUCAUAGAAAAGUUGAACCAAGCAAGUAUGUCAGUCCAGUCCUAUAGCUCGCUUUUCCACCUCUUGCACGUGAUACUCUGUCACACUGCCAGUACCACCCUACCAUUACUCUCCUUCCUCCUUUCACCAUUCAUUCACUCUCUUUUCAUCCCUUUUGUCAUUUCAUUUCCAUUUUACAAUGCUUUUACCUCUCUGAACUUGUACACAAUAAUGUUGUCCAAAUCAUUCUCCUUAGUUUUCUUCUCUAGUUUUUCAUUAAAUCUUCUCCUAUCUUACGUUAAUUGCUCGCAUCUUCCAGCAGAUGCUCAAGCACUCUUAGACUUCAAAAGAAAAGCUGAUUUGAAUAAUAAGCUCGAUUUUAACACCACUUUUUCGCAUUGCAAAUGGCAAGGUGUUCAAUGUUAUAAACAUAGAGUUGUUCGACUCGUGAUUGAAGGGUAUAAUCUUGGCGGCAUAUUUUCAUCUGACUCACUAACUCGACUAGAUCAACUCCGAGUUCUCAGUCUACAGAACAACUCGCUUGUUGGACUAAUUCCAAAUCUUUCUAGUCUCACUAAUCUUAAGGCCUUAUUUCUUCACCACAAUCGUUUUUCUGGGUCUUUUCCGCCGUCUAUUGUAACGCUCCAUCGAAUUAGAACCCUUGAUUUGUCGUAUAACAAUCUCACCGCCGAGUUACCCACUUGGUUGGCUCGGUUAGACCGAUUGUACUACCUCCGCCUCGAGUUUAACCAGUUCUUGGGACCGAUUCCGGCACUAAAUCAGUCUACAUUGUCGGUUUUCAAUGUUUCAAGCAACAAUCUCAAGGGACCGAUUCCGGUGACACUUGUGUUAUCUAAAUUCAGUCCGUCUAGUUAUAAUCAUAACCCGGGAUUGUGCGGGAAGAUUCUGCACAAGCAAUGCAGUAAAAUACAUUUUUUCGGCCCCGCCGCGGCUGACCCUGCAUCAUCCGCGGCGCCAAUGGAGGCGGUGGGAGGAAUCGGGCAGCAGAGCUCGCAACUACGCGGGGUGGGCUUAUCCAAACCGAGUCGAAAUAGUCAUACUAGUAAGGCUCUAAUAUGGGGGUUCAUUGUAGGAGUAACAGUACUAAUAGGGUCAGUCACAUGCUUUGCUCUAGCAGUAAGGAAGCAGAGGAGAGACCGUCAUAUUGAAAGAACAACUAUGGCAUCAGACUAUUCGGCAAACGCGGACGCAGCCGCAGUGAUGAGGACAGAGGAGGAGAUGGAGGAGAAAGUGAAGAGCGCGCAACAAGAAGGCAUGAUCAAGGUAGCAGCGGCAGCGGCGACAGUAGGGAAGAGUGGGAGUUUGGUGUUUUGUGCAGGUGAAACUGAGUUAUAUUCUUUGGAACAAUUGAUGAGAGGAUCGGCUGAAUUGUUAGGAAGAGGGACUAUUGGUACUACAUAUAAAGCAGUACUUGAUAAUCGUUUGAUUGUUUGUGUUAAGAGAUUGGAUUCGAGUAGAAUUGGGGGUGCAGGUAAAGAGGUGUUCCAGCAACACAUGGAAUCAGUUGGCGCGCUUAGACACCCUAAUUUGGUGCCCUUAAGGUGUUAUUUUGAGGCAAAGGAAGAGAGGCUUUUAGUGUAUGAUUAUCAACCUAAUGGAAGCUUGUUUUCUCUCAUACAUGGUUCCAAGUCAGCAAGGGCAAAGCCUCUACAUUGGACUUCAUGCUUGAAAAUAGCGGAGGACAUAGCACAAGGACUUUCGUAUAUUCAUCAAGCUUGGAGAUUAGUCCAUGGCAACCUUAAAUCCUCUAAUGUCCUCCUUGGUUCUGACUUUGAGGCAUGUAUCACUGACUAUUGCUUGAGUGUGUUAGCUGAGUCAUCAUUAGCAGAGGAUGAUCCUAGCUUGUGGGCGUAUAAAGCACCAGAAUUCCGCAAGUCUGAUUCUGAAGCAACAUCUAAAUCAGAUGUAUAUGCUUUCGGAGUGUUGCUACUUGAGCUCUUGACUGGAAAACCACCAUCUGAGCAUCCAUAUCUUACUCCAAAUGACAUAGUACACUGGGUAAGAUCUGCAAGAGAUGUUGCAGAUGGCGGUAGUGAUGAGAAUAGGCUCGUGAUGCUUCUUGAGGUGGCCAUAGCUUGUAGUGUUGCCUCCCCAGAGCAGAGGCCUAACAUGUGGCAAGUUUUGAAAAUGUUGCAAGAAAUCAAAGAGGCCGCAUUGAUGGAAGAAGAUGACUUGAGCACUGGUGAAGAGAUGUCCUAGGCUACUGAUAUUGAUCUACAUAUAGUAUUCCUUUCAAGUACUCAAAUCAUGGAAGCCUUUUUCCUACUUAUAGUUUCUCCACAAUUUUUGGAUGACAAAAAUGUGAAAUAGAGGGUAACACCAAAAAGUGUCGUUAGGAUUGGCAUCAAAAUGGACUGCGACAGGACAACUAUAGCUCUAAGCCUCUGAGCAUUUGGUUUCAGCAAAGCUACUCGCUGAAACAAAGAAAAGUCUUUAAGCCUAAGCCUUACCCUUACAAUUUGGAAGUAAUGGCGUGGGAAGUUGGAAGUAGAAAGCUAAUUCCCGAAUCAAAUUGCUGGAGCUCAAUUCGAAAUAAAGUGGUCAUUUGGUUAGAAGUAGGAUGCAUCACUAAUAUGCUUUGUUUCCAUUGAAAUGCCAUACUUUGGUUGAACACGGAAUUCUAUUAUUAUUGGAAUAGUUAAUUUUGGAGGCACUAGGUUAGCAAUUUAUUUUUCCCCUCUUUGAUUUAGGAAGAACUUGUGAAUGUAUAUAUGUUAACUAAAUGACCAUUAUUAAAAA